UCGCUCAAAUUUGGUGUGCCCCUCGCUCUAUCCCUCUCGCUCAUCCUCUCUCAAUCUGGUUUUCUUUCUCUUCCUGGAAAUCCAAAAAAAAGCAAAAAAGGAUAACUCAAAUAUUUUUAAAGUCAACAUUUUUUCAGCCAUGUCCUCACACGAAACUCGCUCUAUCUCUAAAACUACUCACUCUACCUCGCUCUAAUUUGGUGUGCCCCUCGCUCUAUCCCUCCCGCUCAUCCUCUCUCAAGCUCGCUCUCUUUCUCUCGCUCGAAAUGCCAAAAAAAGUGAAAAAUGUUAGCUCAUAAAUAUUCAAACUUGACAUUUUUUUGCUCACAUCCUCGCACGAAACUCGCUCUAUCUCUAAAACCACUCGCUCUACCUCGCUCAAAUUUGGUGUGCCACUCGCUCUAUCCCUCCCGCUCAUCCUCUCUCAAUCUCAGUCUCUUCCUCUCGCUCUAAAUGCCCAAAAAAGUGAAAAAUGUUCGCUCAGAAAUAUUAAAACUAACCUAACUUAACCUAACCUUCUGGGUAUGUGCGUUUUUCUAUGUGCGCAUGUGUGUGUGUGUGUGUGUGUGUGUGUGUGUUAAUUUGUGUGCGUUUAAUUGGCCUGUAUGUGUGCGUGUAAGUAAUGGAUGAGUCUAUACGUACAUAAACUAAAACUACGCACAUACAGCCCCUGAAAAUACGCACACAGGGCCCAAAACACACACAAUCUUAACAUACAUGGAGAAUAAAAUACGCACACAGCCUCAAAAAAUACGCACACAGGCCCCCAAAACUUGCACACACACAAUCUUUACGUACAUGGACACUAAAAUACGCACACAGCCUCAAAUUAUACGCACACAGCCUUAAAAAAUACCUACACAGACCCUCAAAAAUACGCACACACAAUCUUUACGUACAUGGAAACAAAAAAACGCACACAGCCUCAAAAAAUACACACACAGCCUCAAAAAAUACACACACAGGUCCCUAAAAUACGCACACAGCCUCAAAAAAAACGCACACAGACCCCCAAAACACACACACACACGAUCUUUACGUACAUGGAAACUAGAAAAACGCACACAGCCUCAAAAUAUACACACAGGUCCCUAAAAUACGCACACAGCCUCAAAAAAACGCACACAGACCCCCAAAACACACACACACACACAUGUACACACACAGGCAAAAAGCGUACACAGCCACCCCAUGUACACACACACACACGUACACACAAAAACAUACACACACACACACACACACACACACACACACACACAGACACCCAUGUACACACAGAAACGUACACAAACUCACGUACACACAACCAGAAAAACGUACACAGACUCACACGUACACACAGAAACGUACACAAACUCACGUACACAGAAACGUACACACGACCAUAAUAACGUACACAGACACCGAUGUACACACAGAAACGUACACAAACUCACGUACACAGAAACGUACACACGACCAUAAUAACGUACACAGACACCGAUGUACACACAGAAACGUACACAAACUCACGUACACAACCAGAAAAACGUACACAUUCACACGUACACAAACUCACGUACACAGACACCCAUGUACACACAGAAAAACGUACACAAACUCACGUACACAGACACCCAUGUACACAGAGAAAAACGUACACAAACUCACGUACACAGACACCCAUGUACACACAGAAAAACGUACACAAACACGUACACAGACACCCAUGUACACACAGAAAAACGUACACAAACUCACGUACACAGACACCCAUGUACACAGAAAAACGUACACAAACUCACGUACACAGCCAGAAAAACGUACACAGACACCCAUGUACACCAAGAAACGUACACACACGCGUACACAGCCCCAUGUACACACCGAAAAACGUACACAAACUCACGUACACAACCAGAAAAACGUACACAGACACCCAUGUACACCAAGAAACGUACACAGACCCAUGUACACACCGAAAAACGUACACAAACUCACGUACACAACCAGAAAAACGUACACAGACACCCAUGUACACCAAGAAACGUACACAGCCCCAUGUACACACCGAAAAACGUACACAAACUCACGUACACAGCCAGAAAAACGUACACAGCCAAACGUACAAAACACCAAAAAACCGCCGGCGAUGAUCCAGUAG